UUACAAAAUGGCGGACCAUACUUUCUGAGCAUCAUUUAGCAACACUCAACCUUAUAAUAUGGGUUGUCCGGAAGUUGAAAUGAGCGAAGAGUCAAGGCAGAUGACCGCAAAGGCGUCUGGAGUUCUGCAUAUGAUUUGUGUUGUGCCGUCGUUGAUAGUACUUGCCGCCGGGGCAUAUAUACAAGUUGCCAUCCAGGAACAAAUAAGUCUGAUUGAAGGUUUCGACGGCAACGUUUUACCUGCAUUCAUGAUUAUAUUUGGAUUUUUCGGAGCAUUGAUUAGUCUAUUCAGUGGUAAAGUAUGUUGGACGAACCGCGAAUAUUCAAAAAGGUUUGAUUGGAGCAAGUAUUUGUUUCCUCUCGUCAUAGUACACAUAAUUGUAGCAUUUGUUGUUUUUGUCUCGGCAAUUAUGUGCUUCGUUCAGAUUUCAAUGUUGGAAUCCUCUUUCGAAAAGGGCAUUUCAACUGCAAUGCGUAGUUACAAAGAUGAUAGAGCGAAGAAACGGGAGCUGGAUACGCUUCAAAUCAGUUACAGAUGCUGUGGGGUUUCAUCAUAUACCGACUGGUUCCAUGUCAGCUGGGUACACGAAGAAUACAUAUCAGAAGCAAAGAAAACGUUGUUGACAAGUUACAAAACAGGGGAUUAUCUGAACGAUGACGUACCAUUCAGCUGUUGUAUUGCCGACGUACUACGCCCAUGUGUCCACCAUCACGUGCAUGAUAAUGAUAUUCACUAUAACUACGAUUACCGCACCAAGGUGACACUGCAUGGCGUCGGGUGUAAGGACGUCCUCGUGGAUAUCUACGGUAACCACCUACUCACAGACGUGGGAGCUCUCGUCCUCUCCAUCUCAUUCCUACAGCUGAUCACGGUGACCAUAAUGCGGCUGCUGCAGACAUCAGUGGACGGGUCCCUGGAAAAUGACGAUCCCAAGAAAGCCUCCAUCGGAUAUAUCUUCCCUUGCAGUGGCAAGGUCGCCAUCAAAGCCGUCAAAAGAGAGGUGAAAACAUUUCAUAAGAAGGAUAGGGCAGUAAAGGACAGUGUUCCCGGAGAUCCGACAAGCAUGGAACCCCUCCUGGAGGACAAGGAAGACAGUACCAGUAUAGACACAGACGACAUUUCACUGAAUUCCUCCUUUGAAGACCAAGGUGUUUAUGAGGAACCCCUUCCUCCGACACGGGAAUGAAAAUCCAUACAUGACCAUUAAGUCUGCUGAGAUGAUCAACUUUCCUGAGCCUCUCCGCUACACAUCCUUCCCAGGAAACCAUGUUCCAGCCAAUGGACAAUACCAAUCUGGUCAGAACCUUACUGGUCAACAAGGAAUGGCCAGUAACCACAUGGUUGGAACUGACCAGUAUGGAAUGGCCAGUAACCACAUGGUUGGAACUGACCAGUAUGGAAUGGCCAGUAACCACAUGGUUGGAACUGACCAGUAUGGAAUGGCCAGUAACCACAUGGUUGGAACUGACCAGUAUGGAAAGGCCAGUAACCACAUGGUUGGAACUGACCAGUAUGGAAAGGCCAGUAACCACAUGGUUGGAACUGACCAGUACAGAGAAUCCAACACUUACAUAACCCCUAAAAGAACCCACACCUAUGUGAAUGAACUCCAGCAGCAAGGAAACAUGACCCCAAUGUAAAAUAUGGAAGGGUGUCUUACUGUUUAAAAUCUGAUAUAGGAACUAAAGCAUGCAUUUAUAAAUGGACAUAAAAUACAAAUAUCCAAUAUCAUUUACAUUUUCUUUAUUUAAUGAAUCAUAUCCAACUCGCUCUCUGUAGACAGGCACACUUCAUCACAAAACAUGGAUUUUCCUCUCCUACAAAAACUCUCUUCUUAUCUACUGGCACUGGUGGGUUAAAUACAGAUCAAAGAUAUAAGUUACCGGGCAAGACCUACUAGAUUGUCAAGAUUAAAACAGCCCUAACAAGGUUACAUUCCUACACUAAAGAUGUUGCUUCCUCUAGUUUCAACACCCAUUUAACACUGGUUGUGAUACUUUACAAGGUUUACAAUGUAUAUGUUAUACAAUAAUUGUGAAUUUUAAAAACACAUUUCAGUAAAAAACACAAAGAAAGGUGUUAGAGCAAUUCAUUAUCUACCAUCUUCAGAAAGAAAAAAAAAUGGUAUAAAACAAGAUGUCCAGAGGGCCUGCACCACCCACCAAGAUAUUUCAGAAAUCAUGGCAAAAUACUCUCAUUUUAUAUUACAAAAAAAUGUCUUGAGCUGCCUUUCCUAAUAACAGUUCAAACGGCAGGUGGACCAAAUCCUGUAAUUCUUAAAAAGAAGAACAAUUUUAAUGGGUUUUGUUUUGUAUAUUUCCCCAAUUGGCCCCCUCUCUCAAGCCCUAAGGGAAUCACACCUUUCCAUUUAUUCAUUAUAUAUCCUUUGCCCAAUAAUACUCAAGACAAAAUUUCAUCAAAAUCCAUUCAGUAAAUUCAGGACUAGUAGCAUUUUGAAGAAUUCACCUCAAGGUCCCCUAUGGGGCCAAGCCCCUCCCACC